AUCCCUACAGUCAUAUGUUUUAGUGCCUCUUCCAAAAUGUGGUGGACCAAGUUGACCAUUUCAACCUCAUCCUUGAUAAAACCACUCCUUCCCGUCGGCUAUCCUUCGCUUCCCUCUGACGCUAGCUUACUAACUCCAAUCUCACGAACUCUCUACUUCCGCGCUCGCCGGAGCUUAACCGUCAAUUUCGCCGCAAUGGCUGGGACAAAUACAAGUACUGUCACUGUCAGUCCAGGAGAUGGCGGUGACACCUCACUUGAACACGUCGUCGGACAGUGGUACUCAGUGCCGGAGCUCCGGCUACGCGAUCACCACUUCACCGUUCCUCUCGACUACUCCCUCGAUCGUCGAACUUGCCCUAAAAUUUCAAUUUUUGCUCGCGAGGUGGUUGCAGCUGGGAAGGAGGAGCAGGCACUGCCAUACCUUUUAUACCUGCAAGGCGGCCCUGGUUUUGAAUGUCCUCGACCAACAGAGUCAAGUGGGUGGAUAAAUAAAGCAUGUGAAGAAUAUCGUGUUGUGCUACUGGAUCAGCGAGGAACAGGUUUAUCUACUCCAUUGACAGUAUCAUCUAUGUUGCAAAUGAAAUCAGCAGACGAGCUUGCUGAAUACUUGAAACAUUUUCGAGCUGAUAACAUAGUAAAUGAUGCUGAAUUUAUUCGAGUACAUCUUGUUCCAGAUGCGGGGCCAUGGACAAUUUUGGGGCAGAGCUAUGGUGGUUUUUGCGCUCUUACAUAUUUGAGUUUUGCACCACAAGGAUUGAAGCAAGUUCUUCUGACUGGUGGAAUCCCUCCAGUUGGAAAUGGAUGUACUGCAGAUACUGUAUACAGUGCAUGCUUCGAAAAGGUGGUUCUUCAAAAUGAAAAAUAUUACCAAAGGUUUCCUCAGGAUGUUGAAAUUGUUCGUGAAGUUGUUUUGCACUUGGCAAAUUCUGAAGGGGGAGGGGUACUUCUUCCAUCGGGGGGCAUAUUAACCCCAAGAGGAUUGCAACUCCUUGGUCUUUCUGGACUAGGGACUAGCACUGGUUUUGAGCGCUUGCAUUACCUGUUUGAGAGGGUGUGGGAACCUAUACUAGUUCCAGGGGCACAAAAGCAAAUUAGUUACUACUUUUUGAAUGCUUUUGAGAAUUGGUUGGCUUUUGAUACAAAUCCACUCUAUGCUCUUAUGCACGAGUCCAUAUACUGUCAGGGUGCAUCGUCACGGUGGUCUGCUCACAGAAUAAGGGCCAAAGAUGGGAGCAAAUUCAAUGCAAUCAAGGCUGCAAAAGAAGGCCAACUUGUACUUUUCACAGGAGAGAUGAUAUUUCCAUGGAUGUUUGAUGAAAUUCAUGCCUUGAGGCAUUUUAAAGAUGCUGCUCAUUUAUUGGCUGAGGAGGAGGAUUGGUCACCUCUAUACGACAUUGCCACACUGAAUAAUAACAAGGUACCUGUUGCAGCGGCUGUUUAUUAUGAUGAUAUGUUUGUGAAUUUCAAGCUGGUCAUGGAGACAGCUUCUCAGAUUGCUGGGAUUAGGCUCUGGAUAACUAAUGAAUACAUGCACUCUGGCCUUCGGGAUGCCGGCGGACAGGUUUUUAGUCAUCUGAUGGGAAUGCUAAGCGGUAAGAAACCCUUGUUUUAACAUCGAUUGGGUUGCACACAGAGAAAUACAAAAGAGCAUCAACUGGGGCAGCAAAGUUGGAUUCCCAAACAGAGGCAUGGGUAUUCAUAUGAGAAGGGCAACAUUUUCAACUCAUGUAACUUGCUUGUACAAAUUGGGUUUGUCCCAACUCCCAAGUAUUGUGAUGUUCAAUUUGGAACAUCAUUUGUGCCAGCCCACUUCAACAUUCAGUUUGAAAUCUGAAUUGGGACGCAUAAGGUUAUUUGAAGACUUGCAGCAACACACUAAAGUGUUUCAAAGUUGUCAUUAUUGGUGGGUAUGGAAUAAUAAUAAUAAUAAUAAU